ACCGUGGUUAAGGCAAUAGGAAGAUACCAUUACCACCAUUUCACCAUCAACUCCAAUUCAAAAUCAUUGUUUCUUGAUUACUUUGCAAUAAGAUUCACAUCUUCAAUUAAAUAGUUUCUGAAGUAAGCUUUGAUUAGGACAUGUCUUGUGUUUAACAUCUUCCUUCUGUUUCUUGUUUAUGUGUAUUUGUUUUGUUCAAUUUUGUGAUCCUCACAUGAUUGUGUCAAUCUUCCAAAACCCACUUCUGAUUUCAACAGGGCUUGUAAAAAAUUAGACCUUUUUUUGUGGGUCAUCUUUCUGUCUUCUACCCAAGAUUUUAUAAGGUAUUAGGCACUGAAAAGUAUUAGUAUGGGAACAAAUAGCCAGGAGCAUGAAAUUUCAGAAGCAGGAUCUGAGGUAACUUAUCCGGAGAUUGUAGAAAAUGAAGUCAAGGACGUUAAGAAAGGUGCAACACAUAAAAUAAUUGCAGAAAGUUGCAAAUCAAACAGCAUGGUCUUAAAGAAAGGACAUGCAAUGAUUCCAGCUCACAUCAUAGCUGAAGCGAUAUCAACUAUCCGCGAAUUCGAUAUUAGAUGGUCAGGUCCAAUCACACCAAAAGAAAUGGAAUAUGUUGAACAGUAUGUUCUAGCAAAGUAUCCAGAAUAUUCAAGGUUGAUUGAAGGAGAUGGAAAUGGGAUAGACAUGUCUACCUUUAUCAUCAAUGAAGAACCGUUAGAUGAAAAGGGAAAGUCACCAAGAGGGACUCCAAGUCCUAGAGAUUCUUCUUCAUAUACAUUUGGUAGUAGUCUACCUGAGUCUGAUAGGGCCAAGAUUCAACUAGAGCAAUCAAGGUUACUUGAUAUUCUCAACAAGAAAUCCUCAUUUACCGGAAGUUUCAUAUCGAUCCCCGAAAUUCAAGCUCAAAAUAAGGUUUUGAAGCAUUACGGUUUGACAGAUGACGAAUACCUUGUUCUCUUCACUCCAAGCUACAAGGAUGCUAUGAUGUUGGUAGGAGAAAGUUACCCUUUUAUUAAAGGAAACUACUACAUGACCAUUCUUGAUCAAGAAGAAGAUUUUAUAAAGGAAUUUGCUUGUUUUAAGGAGUCAAAGGUAAUCCCUGCACCAAAGACUUGGUUGGACUUGAGGAUUAAAGGGUCUCAGUUAAGUCAAAACUUUAGGAGGAGGUGUAAAAUCAGUCCAAAAGGCUUAUUCUCUUAUCCAGCAGAUGCUAGUGGAACAAUGCAUUGGAUCUCAGAGGCUCACAGGAACAAUUGGCAUGUGCUGCUUGAUGCAUCUGCUUAUGUAGUUGGAAAGGAUCGGCUGCAUCUCGCGCUUCACCGCCCUGAUUUUGUGAUCUGUAGUCUUGAUAACAACACUCAUUCCAGUAAUACUAAUUCCAAUCCUUCAAGAAUCACUUGUCUUUUAGUCAGAAAAGAAUCCUUUGACACAUCAGCUGCUUCAUCUCAGGUAGUUGAAUGAAUGUUAAUUGGAUGACACAGCUGAAGUUUGAACUGCAGAAAGGAGAUGUGAAUUUCCCUGUCGUACUUUGUAGAAUGAAUAAAUUAGCACAUAUAAAUAGAAUACCACUUAUUAGUUACUGCUUUGGAUGCAUAUGUAUUCCAAAAUCAUCUGGGUUGUUUGUAUUUUUAUGUUUAAUUAAUUGAGGUAUUGGUUUGUCUAUUUUAACCAAACCCCAUUUUUUCUUAUCAGUUAAAUGGUUUUCAAGACUUUUUAUUUUAUGUCUUACUGUAAACAUCAUAGUGCAACUUGGAAUGUACCAAAAUGCAAUUUA